ACAUAAUAUGUCAAAUAUUACUUGAAUCUUGAAACUUUUUACUUUUCCUUACAUCAAAGUACAUUUUCUCAAGUUUGAUUUUAUUGAAAUAGUUUGACUCAUCUGGAGGCAUGCAGCUUUAAAUCAAAGUUAGAUAAACAAUGGCAGUGGAAAAGAUUCAAACUCGACAAUAUUUAUUGAAUAGACCAAUACCGGAGCGGACGACAAGAAAACAGAACUCGAGGGGAAUGAUAGUCCGUUAGGGGACUAAUAAAGUUUCUCAUACAUCACAAUUAAGACGAAAGAAACGGAAAAAAGUGAUGUCAGAGCAAAGCUGUUUGGAUAAUAGAGUAUUAACUUGUGUAACAAUGGAGUAUUUUGAGGAUGAUCUGUUUGAUUGCAUAGUUUCAAAUAAAAGUUGUACAAUUUUAGAAUAUCUUAAGAAAGGAUUAGACGUAAACCACGCUUUCCGAAGUACAGAAAGGCCUGAAAGGUUGGGUAAGACUUUGUUAGAAAUAUCAGUGUUUUAUGGAGUGACGGAUGUCAUUAAACUACUGAUAAAAAGGAAAUGUGAUGUUAACUUAACAUACAUUGUAAACAUUAAAGAUUUUUCGUAUCAAUUAGAAGAGUUUAAGAGAGAUGGUAGACUAAAAUUGACAUGCAUGUUCCGAUGUAUCGUACAGUCUGAGGUAGACAUUAUUAAGUUGCUAGUAACUGGAGGCUUUGAUGUAAAUGUCUUUGAUGAGCGAGGUUGUUCAUCCAUAUGGCACGCUGCUGAUCUCAACAAUUACGAUAUGUUAAAAGCCAUGUUGCUAUCGAAAGAAGCUGAUGUCAACAAGGCAGAUAAUACUUAUUUAACACCUCUCCACAUUUCUGCUAUGAAAGGCAAUGUAAAAAUGACAUCACUACUUAUACAGCGUGGAGCGCAUGUGGAUAAAGUACAAUUACGUGGUUCAACUCCACUUAUUCUAGCAUGUAGAGCUGCAGAUUUUGACACAGUGAGAAUACUACUUCUAAAUGGUGCUGAUCCUAAUCACAUAGGAUACAAUGGUCACAAUGUCAUAUCAACAGCUUUACAAUCGACCACUGAUAUAAGAAUACCAGAAAUGUUGAUGUCGUGUGGUGCCUUGGUGGAUUUAGAACUAAUUAAUUUGUGCAGAAAGGAAGGCAAGAAGUUUCUGCUAUUGAAAGAACACCCAGAACUUUUUGAGCUUUUAAAGGAGAAUGCUUAUGCUCCGAGGACGAUGAAGACAUUUUGUUGUCUGAAAAUUCGAAGGUUGCUGGUACAGUCACGGACAAAAAUGCAUUUAAUCAAAAAGGUAGAAAUAUUGCCACUACCUCGCCUUAUUAAGGAUUAUCUUCUCUUUGGACACGUCUAGUAACAUUUUUUUCGUUUCAAAAAGUAUAUUGAUAAGAUGUAUAUGCCAAAGACUUAAUAUUUGUUUGUUAUUGUAUUUUUAUUCUGUUAUAUUUUCUGUUAUGUUUUGUUAUGAAUUGCUUUAUUAGUAAAUCUAAUGAGGAAAAUCGAUGUCUUUUUAGUAAUCAAUGAUUAACUUAGCUGAAUGACUUAUGAUACAGGCGUGUAUUACGUGGUGAGGUUCCUUUAGUUCAGACUUAUUAAGCCAUAGCUACCGAAAGAUUUUUUUUACAAAAAUCGUAAAAAAAUCUUCUUGUAAAAAACCGAAAGAGCUUAUAUAUUUGACAUGAAACAUCUUCUAGUGGGUUUCUACCAAGUUUGUUCAAAUUAAAGUCCUAGGGUCAAAAUUGGCAUCGCCCCAGGGGAGUCAUUGAUUUUUUCCUUAUAUAGUAAAAACUUAAAAACUCUUCUUGUGAAAAUCUGAAAGAGGUAGAGCUAAGAUAUUUAGCAUGAAACAUCUUCUAAAUGAUGUCUACUAAGGGGUCAUUGAUUUUCCUUAUAUGUAUAUAGCAAAAAACAUAAAAAAAUUCUUGUGACAAUCCAAAAGGACUAUAGAUAACAUAUAUAGCACGAAACAUCUUCUAGUGGAUGUCUACCAAGUCUGUUCAAAUAAAUGCCCUAGGGUCAAAAUUGGCCCCACCCCAGGGGUCAUUGAUAUUCCUUAUAUGUAUAUAGUAAAAACAAAACAAAAAUUGUGACAAUCGAAAAGAACUAGAGCUUAGAUAUUUGGCAUAAAAAAAACUUCUAGUGGAUGUCUACCAAGUUUGUUCAAAUGAAACCCAUAGGGUCAAAAUUGACCCCCGCCCCAGGUGUCAUUGAUUUUCCCUAUAUGCGAAUAAUAAAAACUUUAAAAUCCUCUUGUGACAAUCCAAAGCCGCUAUAGAUUAGAUGUUUAGCAUGAAAUAUCUUCUAGUGGAUGUCUACCAAGUUUGUUCAAAUAAAUGCCCUAGGAUCAAAAUGGCCUGGCGCCAGGGGUCAUUGACUAAAAAAAUCUUUGUUUGUUCAAAUAAAAGCCCUAGGGACAAAAUUGACCCCGCCCCAGGCAUCAUUGAUUUUCCUUAUAUAUACAUGUAUAUAGUAAAAACUUUAAAAAAAUCUUCUUGUUAAAAUCCUAAAGACCUAUAGCUUAGAUAUUGGGCAUGAAACAUGUUCUAGUGUAUUUCUACCAUGAUUUUAAAGACCCUGCAUGGCGUUUUUUCUUCUUUUUCUUUGACAGGGAUUGUAAACACUUUUGUCAAAUGACCAUAAAAAUGUCUCAUGACAUAAAUAAAGAACUAAAUCAACUGUCGCCUGCAUAGUGCCUUAUAUUCUAAAAUUUAUAAAUGUGAACGCCAAUCUAAGAGUCCGAUCAAAUCUCUUUAAUUGCACGUAUUUGUUACAUUCUUUUUUUUUCUUUCAUUGACUUUAAUUACACCGUAUAUAUCCAGUCACGCAGGAAUGUGCAAAUAACGCAGGAAUUGUGCAAAAGUAACGCAGAAUUGUGCAAUUUAGUGGCUAAAACGAGCACCGCGAUAAGUAAAUGGACCAAUAUUUUUUAUUGUACACCAAAUUGGAAGAAAUGAGUUAGCGCAUACGGUUGCUGAGACAUUAUACUUUAAACCUCAUCAAAAAUAUUUCCAUGAAAAUGUUUAUUUUUCAAGAUCAUUCGUGAAAAUGACGACCUCAUUAGCGUAUUGAUGGGAUUUUUAGUUUACUUGAUAUCUUUAAAUAC